AUUGCAUUGCCAUUCGAAUUACCUAAGAUAACAAAAAUAAUUAAGAGAUAGAUUUUCUCACUUAUUGGUAUCUCAAAAAUUUAAACAAAAAUGCAGAGGCAAGUGGCACUUAUUAAGCAGUCCCUCUUUGAUCAGGGAUAUCUCGACGAUCAAUUCAUGGAACUAGAAGAGCUCCAAGAUGAUGCAAACCCUAAUUUUGUUGAAGAAGUUGCAACAUUAUACUUCAAAGAUUCAGCUCGUUUAAUAAAUAACAUUGACCAAGCUUUGGAAAGAGGAUCAUUUGAUUUCAAUCGGCUGGAUAGUUACAUGCAUCAGUUCAAGGGUAGCAGCACGAGCAUUGGUGCGAGUAAGGUGAAAACCGAAUGCACUAUGUUUAGGGAAUACUGCAGAGCUGGAAAUACUGAAGGAUGCUUGAGGACAUUCCAGCAACUGAAGAAAGAGCACGCAACGUUAAGAAAGAAGCUUGAACAUUAUUUCCAGUUGGCAAGACAGGCGGGGCCUAAGGAGACAGCACGUAGGCCAAAGUAAGAGAGAGAUAAAUGAGGAAUCGUCGGCGAUUUUUGUAGUAGAAAAUACUAGUAUAAUAAAUAGUUCCUGAUUGACCAAAAAAAAAUAAAAAUAAAUAGUUCCUGAUCAAUGUACGUUAUAAAGAAGUUAUUGGAUUUUAAUAUGAUGUAUGUUAAUAA